UGUUAGUGGUUCAUUCACCAUUUUGUGACUGUAGUGGAAAAGAAGACCGAUAGUUUUUUAUAUCCUUGUUUGAGUUUCUGCGGGGGAAAGACAUGUUUUGCGGAGGAAAAGUAAUGUGUGAGCCCUUACCGCACAGUCGUCAAAACCGACAGCCAAGGGAUGUUACCGAGAGUUGCGCGAGCCUCCUCAAUGGCAAAAUAGGACCAUAAAUCUUUCUCUGGCGUAAGGAAAAGCUGUUUGGCUUCCAACUCAGAGGACAAAAGGAGAGGAAAAGAGAAGAAAGAAAAGAGAAAAACAGAAAACAAAAGGAGUGCCUUAGAAGUGAAAAAAGAGGAACGCUGCACAAUCAGAAGCACUUUGUAAAAGGCGAAGAAGAGAUGAGACCAUUAAAGAAACACAGAGGUCGAGGGGGAAGGAGGAGAGGGGGUUCACAACCUCCCCAAGAGAAAGACCCCAAAAGAGUCAGGAGGGAGACACUUGUCAAGACGACAGAGCAGAUAACCAAAACACUGAAUACUCCCUCCACACGUAAGCAGACCCCACCCGCAGCCGCCAGCUCUGACAAGGAGCCAAUCACAAGCAGCAAUACUCCCACACCAGAGUCUGCAGUGGUGAGGAAACCUGUGGAAUCAGCUGAGAAGGAUGGAACGAAACCAGAAGAAAAGACAGAAAAGGAGAAGAUGAUAGGCACAAAUGGAAAUAGUGCCAUGUCUACUGAUAGUGUUGCAUCUUCUACCUCUCCCCCAGCGCCACUCUCCACAGCCACUUCCCCUCCAGCCACAAAUCACAGCCACAACAUAGGUUCAGUGUCUAGUAGGAAAACAGCCACUUUUAAAGCCCGUGUCCCCAAGAAGAAGUACACAUAUGAGCACUUUGCUAAUAAUGCAAGUGUCCUGACUGCCAUUCAUACCUCCAACCCUUCACUCAUUCACAACGAUAGCUGCAAUAUCAAGGGUAAAGUCAGUGAUGGUGUGGAUGUGCUCAAUAAUAAUGUCAAGAAUAGUAACAACACCAUUAAUAAAAGCAUUAAUGUUAGCAUUAGCUGUAGUACUAACAGUAACACUACCAGUGUUAAUAGCAACAUGAUUAAUAGUAAUAAUAGUAGCACCAGGAAUCAUAAUAAUUUUAUCAAUAGCAGUAAUAGCAGAAGUAAUAAUUGCUCAGGUAAGCAGCCAUCAGUGCUAACUAUGGAUAGUAAUGUUACAGAAACAAAUCAUUUUGUCUCUGUGGAUGAUAGGGCACUCAGGAUUGUAGAUUCCCAGGAAAAACAGCCCCGUGCUGGUGAGAAUGAGUCAGAGGGUGCCCCUAACUCAGUGCGCUCCUCUUCCACUGAUACAGCCAGUGAGCACUCAGCUGACCUUGACGCAAUGGAAGCAACAGGACCAAGCCCUCAUCAAAAGAAUUCCCACAUGGCAGCUUCUCUCUAUAACUCGCACCUUAAAGAGGCCAUUCUAUCAGAGGGACUCGCUGAAGCUCUGGCCAAAGGUAUGAAGAAUCAGAGAGUGCUGGCUCUCCAGACAAAGAGAAACACAGAGAGUGGAGUGAAGGAGAGAGACUCAUGCUCUCUGUCUCGUGUGUUCAAACCAGGUGUGGUGCGUAGGGUGAGUGGAGGUAUGGUUGAAGUCCAACUCCAAGGAGAGGAGAGGCUCAUGCAGUAUCCUUUCCAUGGUGAAACUGUGAUUACAUCAUCACCAGAGGCCAAGAACACUGUGGAGUUAAUUUUGGAUGCCCCCCCACCUGGCACAGCACCUGUGGCCGUGGGAACACAAGUUUGUGUGCCAUUUGGUGGAGAGGAGGGGGGGCCUUUGCUCUAUAGGGAGGGGAUUGUCUCUCAGGUUGAUCCCCACCCUGGUGUGUCAUUCCCUUACCAGGUGCUCCUCAGUGAAGCAAGAGAGACUCUCGACAAUGAAAAGGAAGAAAAAAGGGCUGUUAAUGAUCAGGCUGUUUGGGUGUCUCGACAGAGCCUGAGACUGCUCACCCCUCCAUGGGAGGUCCCGUAUUUGGAUGGUGGGAGGGCAAAAGAAAGGGAGCGAGAAAGGGAGAGGGAAGAGCGGGAGCGGAGGGAGGAGCUGGAAGUAGAGAGGGAGGUGUGCCAGUUGAGUAUUGGAAUGGGGGUCUUGGGAGGGGGAACAAGGUUGAGUCAUGGUUUCACACAUCAGGGGGUUGCAGGAGGGCAUCCUUACGGAAAUGCACACCCACCCUCCCACUCUUCCACUUGUGUAGUGGCCAGUAUGGCCCACGACUGUCGAGAUGAGAGGCAAAAACAGUCAAACAUCCCCGAAGAAGAUGUGGAAGUAUCUCAUUUUAACAUGGGCCUUUCUAAGACAAAUUCUGGGACCCCUCAGCACAGAACUAUUAUUUCUAAGACUAGUGGGUACCCUCCCUCCUCCCCUCAUCUUUCAGUGGUGCGGGGUCUAGGACCCCCACAUUUGUCCACCCUUGCCAGUCCUCAGCCACCUCCUUCUCCUGCCUUAUUGGGGUCUGAAAUAAGCAACACCACCUCUAACCUACCUCCAUCCAAGACCACUCCCUCCCAGACCCCUACUCCCACUUCUGGUGGGGGGCCCUCUUCUACCUCCUCUUCUCGCUCUAGGACUCCCCUGUCAUUGGCUCAACAGAAAUACAAGAAGGGUGAUGUGGUGUGCACCCCUAACGGUAUUCGUAAGAAGUUCAACGGAAAGCAGUGGAGACGGCUGUGCUCCAGAGAGGGCUGCAUGAAGGAGUCUCAGCGUCGAGGAUACUGCUCUAGACACUUGUCCAUGAGGACCAAAGAGAUGGAAGCAGCAGGUGGAGAAAGAGGAGGAGGAGGAAGCAGCUCAGGUACAGUCACCCCUUCUGACCUGCGAGGGAGAGCGAGCAGUGAAUUUGAGUGGGACGACACAUCAAGAGAAGGCAGUGAGACCAGCAGUAGAGGAGACUCAAGACCCCGUCUGGUCCUCCCCUCCCUGCUCCCCCAUGACGUGUCUUCACGCUUUGACUUUGAUGAGUGUGAGGCAGCCACCAUGCUUGUGUCAUUAGGCAGCUCCCGCUCCGGUACCCCUUCUUUUUCUCCUGUCUCCAACCAGUCCCCCUUCUCUCCUGCCCCUUCUCCCUCACCCUCCCCACUUUUCGGCUUUAGGCCGGCCAACUUCUCUCCAAUUACAGCCUCCCCAGUCCUGCCACACCGGAGGCACAGGCAACAUAGUGGGGCGGGGGGAGGAGGAGGCAGUAAAGCAACAAUUCCAGCUGGUGGAGGAGAAAGGGAGAGACACACUUCAGGCAUCCAACCUUCCUUCCACAGCAACCUGAUGUUUACAGUCCCCAUGAGCCCCAAACGAAAGCCAGAUGCGCCUCUUCCGCCACCCCUCACCUCACACCAUCACGAUUACACACCCAAGACAGAGCUAGAGCAGGGUGACCUCAGCAACUCUUUCAGGGUGCUCUCCCCACAGACACCAGCUUCACAUUCCCGUACACAUACACCCACUUUCUCACGGCCCAGGGGAGUCACCACACCCUCCUCCAGCAGGCCCCCGUCAUCGACUGCUGUCUCCCCUCCUCCUUUGUUGGUGUCUCCAACCCCUCCCUCCCCCCUCACUCCUGAUGGAGGGCCUCGUCGUGUGGUCCCUGUUUCUCAACAGGCUUUGCGGGACUCCCCUGUCAUUGUGAGGAAUCCUGAAGUCCCUCUGGCAAAAUUUACAGAAUGCCCUGCAGGAAGAGGAGGUGGAGUAGGAGGGGGAAACGAGGGAGGGACUGAUAAGUCUUCAUCUAUAGACACUAGCAUAACCCUUACCCCUCAGCCAAUUUCUGGCCUCCAAGUUCCAGUCCCUAUUAAUGCUGCUUCGGCUGCAGUUCCCAACGGCACAGUUAUUUUACGAAGCCCAGCCCAAACCCUGGUGCUUGUGUCCCCAUCACCUUCUCUGCCCACCACUGACACCCCUGCCACUCCCCUGCAGGCCCUGUCAGUUACCGUCAGCACAACAGUCACAGAUCCCACUCCAAACAGCACAGACAGCUCCGGUGAUCGAGGGGAAAACAGGGAGACAGGGUUUGGGGGUGAGGUCCAGCAGCCGGUUCCCUGUCACCCUUCUCCUACUGCACUUCUACCCUUGAUCCUGCCAGCAGAAAACCUUCACCCUGUCCCUCGGAAGGACAUCAUAAUGGGACGUCCUGGCACAGUGUGGACCAAUGUAGAGCCCCGGUCAGUUCCAGUCUUCCCCUGGCAUUCAUUGGUUCCUUUUCUGGCACCCACCCAAUCAGAUGCUUCUUCUCAGCCAGGAGAGGGCCAUCACCCAGUCAACCACCCCCAAGCAGCCAGUCUGAAGACAGAGUGUCAUGGGGUGGCAGCGCUUACACAGGAGCCUGCAGAAGCACCUCCCACUGUAGAAAGAGGUCCCCCAUCCCGGCCUCCCCCCUCUGCUGAUGAAGCGCCUCCAGAGAAGGAGAAAGGAGAUGCAGAGAGAGAAAGGCCUGACAGUGAGACAGAGAGUGACGUGGAUGACCCCUUUCUCCCAGGAGUUGUGCCAGAGCAGCCCCUCUCUACAUCACCAGUAAAGAGACGCACUCAGUCCCUUAGUGCGCUGCCCAAAGAUGGAGACAAGAGCAGCCCCGGAAAGAGAGAAAAGGACCAUAUACGGCGACCAAUGAAUGCAUUUAUGAUUUUUAGUAAGCGCCAUCGAGCACUGGUACACCAGCGACACCCAAACCAGGACAACAGGACUGUUAGCAAGAUUCUAGGGGAAUGGUGGUAUGCGCUGGGCCCUAAGGAGAAACAAAAGUACCAUGAUUUGGCCUUCCAGGUAAAAGAGGCCCAUUUUAAGGCCCACCCAGACUGGAAGUGGUGCAACAAAGACAGGAAGAAGUCCAGCUCUGAAGGCCGAGGGGUCCCAGGGGGCAAAGACAUCAGAGAGAGAAGCAUGUCUGAAUCCACAGAAGCCCACUCUGUGGAGUUGAAAGGAGUGGGCCCAGGUCUGGUGGGUGCAUCUGAGAGGAGUACUGGAGAAAGCCAUGUGGGGCAGCUUACCCGGCCACGGGCAUUUUCUCAAAGUGCUGUGCACAGUCUGGAGCAGAGUGACAGGGGUAAUACUCAGGCUUUGGCGGAACUGGCACAGAUGUGUGGGGAUGGAGGUAAUCAGUUUUCGAGCCAUGCCCCACCCCUGUCACAGUCCCAGCGGGGGGUCAGUGAGGACAUGACCAGUGAUGAAGAGCGUAUGGUCAUCUGUGAAGAGGAGGGAGAUGAUGAUGUCAUUGAGGACCCUUAUCCUAGCAGUUCCAUUGACCUGAAAUGUAAAGAGCGGGUGACUGACAGCGAUAGUGAGAACGGGUCUGGGGAUGAAAGUGAGAGGAAAAGAGUUUUUGCUCCAGUCAUUUGCUCAUCAGCAUCGUCAUCUUCAUCUCACCCUACUCAUCAUGGCAGGAGUGUCUCGUUGUCCUCGUACCCCACCAGCAAGCGUUAUGAUGAGGGGAGAUCUGGAGGGGGAGGGUUUUCAGAGCACAGGAGGAAGGGCGGAGGAGAGGGAGAGGGGAAGAACACAUUUGUAGGAGAGGGUGGAGGAGGAGUGCCAGCUUCUUGUUUCUCCCUCUCUUCUGGCCAGUCUGUCAUCUCCACCUCUCCAGCUGGAGGGCCUUCGUCCUCGUCAGUGGGUUCACUAGGUACAAACCCACUCUUGGGCAUAGGCGCUGUGAGAGUAGCCUCCACAGUGGUGACCAAUGUAAUGCGUCCCGUCAUCAGCACACCGCUCCCCAUCGCCAGCAAACCCAGAGACGGCAGCGCGUCAUCCAGCCCACAUCCACCUGAAAAGAAGUCUCUGAUCCCACAGCAUCAGCAGCCGCAACUUCUGAUUGGUUCAGGAGCCACAAGCGGGGCCGCAGCCGCAGGGGGUGGGUACUACUCUUCAUCAUCACCUAAUCCUGUAGGUGCAGGGAUGAGCCCAGGUGGUGUAGUAACUAAUUUAGUAUUAGGAGGGGCCCUCACUGCACAAUCCGCUGUACAGCUCAUCACCCCAUCCCCUCAGCCGCAGCCCCCCCAGCAGCAGCAGACCCACCCCUCCACUGCUGUUUCAGCCCCACAUAAUCAAACCAAUGGGCCUGUGCCUCUCCCACUGCUUCAGCCCCAGUUCCUCCCUGCUUCCUCCCUGGCACCCCCCGGGGGUAAGGCCAUCACACAAGUACAGUAUAUCCUGCCCACCUUACCUGCCAACACCAACCCCAAGAGUCCGCCUCAGCAGCUCAGUCAGCCAACCAGUAUCUUCAACCUGCCCACAGCUCCACCGCCACACGCCGCCUUGGCCAAUGGGAAGCAGCAAGGUUCGAGUUCACUGACAGGAUAUACAUCAAGCCCGACAGUAGGCGUGGUCAGCCCAGGCGCGAGAGUGCAAACACAGUCGCCAGCACUCCAGGGUAAAAUGCUUGUUCCCAUGGCAACAGUACGGACUGCGCCGGCCCCUGCCCAGCAAUUUCCCAUUGUGGCUCCACCUCUUCCUGUCCAGAAUGGUGCCCAGGCAGGAGGCAAGAUAAUCCAGAUUGCUCCGAUGCCUUUGGUUCAGUCCCAGCUGCCUCAGGGUGGAGCAGUUCACUCUCCGAGCCCCUUUCCUGUCACAGUGGGGGCAGCUGCUGUGGUAGCUCCAAGUUCAGCGCCCUCACAGGCUGUUUUACUACCACCUGCACCUACCAGGAUUACAUAUGUCCAGUCCACUCCAGGGGUCCCAUCCACUGUGCCUCUUGUCUCCACAACAACAGGCUCUUCCCCCUCCCAGCAGGCUCUGCCAGUGCCUGGAUCUGCAUAUGUUCCAUCUCCCCUGGCAACUCUCGGGUUUACAGCCAUUGCACCACCUGGACAGACCCUGGUUCAGCCCCUUAUUGCAGGUCAGCCACCUCUCCUAGCCACAGCUCAGUCUCCACAGCCCUCCACUUCAGCCCCUGCCUCUGGCACUGGGGGCCAAAUCGUCACCGCCAUCUACCCUCCUUCACCUAGCGUCACCAUGGCAACAGGGGUGGUCUCCAUGACAGCGGUGCCCCCCAGUGUGGUCUACUCAGUUUCCAGCCCUUCCAGCGCUUCCCCCCACAUCCUGCCUAAACACACAGUGACCCCGACCACCACAAUAACACACCCACAUCCUCCGCAGCCACAUCCGGACAGACCACCAGACAGGCACCUGCCUCUGGACAGACCCACGGACCGACAGAGCGACAGGCAAGCUGAGAGGCAGACGGAGAUGCUGACACAUUUGGACCGACAGUUGGAGAGGCAGACGCAGACCUCUAGCAUUAGCAGCUCAGUGGCACCUCCCAGUGGCUCUGCUCUCUCCAUCAGGCCCUGCAGUCCCCAACUCCAAAUACAGACAUCUGCCAGUACCCCAGGUACACCCAAGCUAACCCAGCUACCAGUCAGAACACCUCAGAAAGUGAAGGCAACUGUGGCGAACAUCCCCGUGGGCAGCUAUGAAGCAGGAGGCCGAGGGAAAGAGAGAGACCGGGAGAAGGAAAGGGAAAGGGAGCGGGAGAGAGAACGGGAGAAGGAGCGGGAGAGGGAAAGGGAGAGAGAGCGGGAGAGGGAGAGGGAGGCUGCAGCCAACAGCCACUUCUCCUUCGAUCCUGAGCCGGGGCAGUCGGGCUCUCCAUCGACACACCCCGCUGAUGAGCUUCCGUCAUCAGACAGACCCCUGGAGGGCUCCAGUGGAGUGGACUCUGACUCUAGGAACAGGGACAGCACAAGCACCAAAGAGGCUGGAUGGAAGGAAUCCCUCCCCUCCUCUCCUUUGCCACCUCCAGCAGCCACAGAGCUCACUUUGCCACCCCCACAGACAGAUAAAGAAGGUCCUACACCCAAAAAGGUCAAAGCCCGCCCACCACCGCUGAAGAAAACCUUCGACUCUGUGGAUAAGUCUGGCAGGGUGCUGUCAGAGGUGUACUUUGAGGAACGCUUUGCCGAGCUGCCGGAGUUUCGGCCUGAGGAGGUUCUGCCUUCGCCCACCCUGCAGAGUCUGGCCACUUCACCUCGUGCUAUUCUGGGCAGUUACCGCCGCAAGAGGAAGAACUCUACAGAUUUGGACUCUGCAACUGAUGAACAAGUUUCGCCUAAGAGAAAGAGUCGGCGACGCUCCAGCUGCAGCUCUGAGCCCAACACACCUAAAAGUGCUGCCAAGUGUGAGGGAGACAUCUUCACCUUCGACAGAGCAGGCACAGAGGGAGAGGACAUCCUGGCAGAACUGGAGUUUGAGAAGGUGCCGUACUCGUCCCUGCGAAGGACUCUGGACCAGAGGAGAGCACUGGUUAUGCAGCUGUUCCAGGAGCAAGGCUUCUUUCCAUCAGCUCAGGCCACUGCAGCCUUCCAGACACGAUACUCCGAUAUAUUCCCCACCAAGGUGUGUCUGCAGCUGAAGAUCAGGGAAGUCCGGCAGAAGAUCAUGCAGACAGCCACCCCCUCCGAUGCCUCUGCUUUUGGCAUACCUGAUUCGGCUGGCUCAGGACCUGGACCUUCCAGCUCCCAGUUGGGUGAAGGAUCUGGAAGAGGAGUCGGCGAGCUGCAGGACGAAGAAAUGGAGCAAGGGACUGAAGCGAGCCCGGAGGAUCCUCGCGAUUCACAGGACUCCUCGAGAUGAGGGGUGUUGGCAAGUUGAAUUGGCCAAUCAGUGACUGUCAGAAGUCGCAUCUUUCCACUCCCUGCACGCUUUGAUGCGUUUCUGAAGCCACACUCUUUCCUCUCGUGGUCAGAUUCUGGGUUUGAUCUCUUGUCAACAGCCAAGCUCGGAGAGUGUAAGAGAUUUGUAUGCAAAGUAAGGGACUUUUUUUGUAAUGUGACUUCCUUGAACCAAAAAGGACAUUUAAAAAAACAGUGGCACAAAACCUACCAUAUAACACCACCACCAUAGACCAACACACGCUGCAAACUCUUAAUUCCCCACACUUGAAUUAGCACUCUGUAUUGAAAGCAACCAUUGACGCCAGUGAACGAAGGACCAUUGUGUACAGCUGCACUCAUUUGCCUUGAAGAAAGGGUUCUCGUGCUGGACUGAGAGACCUGCUUAACCCAUUCUGAGACAUGGAAAGCAUUUUCAAACAAGGACACAAAGUUACAUGUUUUGAUAUUUGUUUUGUUUUUACUAGGGGUAGAUGAGUAAAAGCAGUAAAUCACUGCUGAUAAGGAACAACCUGUAUGUUGAGUCAAGUGUUGUAAGCUCAUGUCUUGUUUCUGCUGACGUCAGGGGGCUGGGCCCUCAGCACACAGAAACUUAUUUGAUUUUACAGAGAACCCAUUGCUUUGAACCUAGAAGGAUCCCUUCACCGGUUCUGGGUUUUUGUUUUGUUUUUUCCAUUUUAUUGCUCGUAGACCAUCAGGAGAGAGGUCUACUACCAGUGACUGAAAAAACUGACUGCAUUUUAAGUGGACUUCUGGCAGUGCCAUCAUUCCUGCAGUUUUACCCGUCUGGCCAAGUCCUCCUCCCUUCUUGCAUCUGACCCUAGCACAUGCCAGUUAGGUAGGAACCAAGCAUUCCUGUGCCUCUCAUUCGCUAGCCAUGAAGGAAGUGGGUCAGAGUCAAUCGGCACAUCCUGGCUCUUAGUCGUAGAGGUCCGGCUGGAAAGGCCUUAACCCUCUAUUGCCAAGCAGUUUUAUUAACUUUUUUUUAACUAUUUGAUUUGUAUUUAACAUUGCCAUUAUUCAGUUUGUUGUUGUAUUAUUCCUAUGAUGGCUUAUUACUCCUCAUAUCAUUGCAGUGAACCCUGGUCCUUUUCUGUUCACUUUGCUGGCAGAUGUUACCUUCCAGCUGUUGAUUUCUUGUACUAGUUUUUUUUUAUAAUUUUGGAGGCAGGCAGGUGAGAGAUUAUGCUCCACGCCUGUGCAGCUCCCCCUCUGUAGUCUUCCCUUGACUGGCUUCACCUCAGCAAGGCCCUGCGGUGCAGUUAUUUUUAUUGUUUAUUUCAGUGAGGAAGACAGACGUACAGUAACAUGGACCUUUAUAUUCUUUGGACAGUAAUAAGCCGUAUGUUUUUAGACGACCCUGUAUGCCCCUCUUGUUCCUUUGCAAAGUUUAAUUCUAUAGCCUCAACACUUGUACAUCUCCUUCCUCCACCUCUUUUCCUUCCCUCCUUCCUCCCUUUGUCACUUUAUUGCUCUCUGCAGGCCUUUUUAGACGGGCCGAGAGAAAACUGGGGGAAGUGAGCGGAGGGUUAUGAAUCAGAGAGAGCUGGUAGGAUCUAAUACUGGUUGUGUCUUUGUGCAAGACUUGGUUGUGUUGUAAAUAAUUCCUGUAGAGUCAGUAGACUCGUUAUAUUAUUGAUAAGGAAAAAUCUGUCAUUGAACAUAAGUUGACUUUUAAGACACCCAUUACCGAAGGUAAAACACAUGAAAUGGAAAAAAAACAAUAAAUAUGGCUAUUAAUGUUUUUGUGUUAUACUCCUUGUUUUGCUGUUCCAGUGAGGAGGAGAGGAAUUUAUAUGGAUAAUUUAAGUUUGUAUCUGUAUCUUUCGGUAUGCAAAUAAAAAUAGGUGUUCAAUUAAAGUGAUUUUAUCGCUA